AUCAUCUUUCAGUAUACAUUUGACCGCGAACAUAAGCGCAUUGCACACAAUGAGCAUCGCUUUCCUGGCCUGGUGAUUCAUAGUCUCAGUGCGUUUCUCCAGUGUUGAAUAAAAGUACAAAUAAAAAUGUCCAACAAAUCUUCAAAAACAGUGACCACCCUUUCUCACAAACAAUCAACGCGAAGUGUAAUAACCACUAUGACCGUUUCUAAGUUACAAACGACGAGUUCGGGAUUCGUCAACUCGUAUGGAUCUCCUGCAGUUGCAGACCGGGCCUUUGUUCCAGGGUCAUCAUCCAAAACUUAUGAGCCUGUGUACGAGAAGACACGGCAACUAUCUACGAUCACUAAUACCAGGAGCAACACUCCAAAGUAUCAAGAACCAACUAAAUCUGCGUCCCCAAGUAUGGUCUCAAAGACGGCAGGAAAUUUGUUCAACUCAUUUGGAACCGCUGAUGACAAAAAGCGAUACACGUCAUUGGAAAUUAAUAUACCGCCCAAAUAUGUACCUAGCUCGAGUUGGAAGAGUGUAACUACUACUCCGACCAGGUCUCCCAAUAUUGUUGCUCGAGAUGCACAGUCGUCAAACGCACGAUCUAAUACACCUGCGUCUCCAGGACCCGCCACUGUAUCUCUGGAAAAAUACGAUCUUAGGAAACCGGCAUACGUUUUGAUAUUUCAUAACAUAUUCAAAAAUAACAAACAACUGCAUCGAAAAGGUAGUGAACUCGAUCUCAAGCUAAUCAAAGAAUUUGUCAAAGGAUACAAUAUGAAGAUAGCGGACAUUUGUGAGGAUUUCAGUGUGACGAAGGUGAAGAAGAAAAUGAACGAAGUCACAUUGAAAAAUUUUGGAAGCUAUUCUAGCCUGAUGAUUGUUAUAAUGAGUCACGGAGGACUAAAUGAUCACAUCCAAACCUCAAACGGAUUCUACCAUCUGGAUACUACCAUUGUUGAACCGACGUUGAUGAACGAGACACUGAAGGGUAAGCCGAAACUUUUCUUCGUGCAAGCAUGCAAGGGAGAUGCAGUUAUGGAAGCGGAUGCUACUCGGACUGCCACGAACAAGUUCGAUAUUCUGAAGUGUUUCAGCACGUAUGAAGGCACAUUAUCGUUCAGGUAUACCACUGAAGGCACCACAUUCAUCCAAACGCUUUUCAAACUCAUUGAGCAAAACUCCGAUAAGGAAAUAAUAGACAUAAUGCGUUUGAUGAGAAAUAUUUUCUGCGUUAACAAGAUCGCACAAGCUCCCACAGAAACAUCCACACUAACAAAGAAGUUCUACUUCAACGAUUUGAAGAAAUAGUAACUUGUUGCUCAAGUGCAGUUAGUGAAUAUAGAAGACUGUUAACUGCUCCUUCAACCAGAGGCUGGAAUGACUGAACAUAAAUGACACUAGGUACGAGAAUACAGAACAUGCUUGCAGGUCUGAAGAAAUGCCUCAUCGAUGCUGAAAGCCGCACAAUAACGAAGCUCACAAUACAAUACAUUUUGCCGUAUGACGCAUGAAAUAUUGAUUUGUAAAUUAUUUAUUGGAAAAUAAUUAAAAUCAUCUACGUUUGUAGUUGCUACGUGUACAUAA